CACAAUUGCAAAGAUGCGAUGGAUACAGACUCCAGAGGGCAGGCUAUUAUUUUCGAGGUUUCCGUAGACAAUCAAUCAAUGAGAUCUGGAAGCUGGAAUUGUUCUGCAGAUAUGCCUCUGUCCAUUAUUCGACUGAGUACAUAGAGGAGAUAUCAUUUGCCUGAGCUGAGGAGCCUUUGGGAAUGUCUCUUCCCAGGACCGGUGCCUAUUAUGGCCGACCAGAGCCCUAGCUGCCACCAAUUAGGGGGGUCCAAACACCGACGAUCAAUGCGAGGUGCUGCUGCUGCUGCUGCUACUACUACCACGUCCACCACAAGCAACGCUGUCACCUCCUCGACCGCUGGGUCUUCGGCAGCUGGUCUUGUCCAAGACUUGUCCAAACAUCAGAAGAAUCAAGUUUCCUCGAGACAGGAGACCUGCAUCAAAUCUAGCAAGAAGCAAAGUAUCACAAGUGCAAGCAAAAGGAAAGCUUCUACUGAGGGCCACGGAGCCCCUCCAUCAAAGGUAUCAACUACCCUGUUAGAUGCAUCAAAUGCUGACGGUAGCAGUGGUGCCCAUCUUAUCAAGAACAAUAAACACAAACACGAGGUGUGCAUUCCAGUCACCACCCUCAAAAGCAAACGUCACAACCUCUUGAAGAAAUCCAAAAAGACUGUUGAGCUUUCGAAGCGCAACCUGUUGCAGAGCGAGGACUCUAAUCAGAACAGCGUCAGUGGCAACGAGAGCGCAAACUCGCGGGACUCGAAGCAGCGCAGACGCGGGAGCACGUCUUCCGCUUCAUCAGCGUGGUCUUCUCUUUCUGGAGGAUCAAGUCAUUUUAGUUUAUCAGACUCAACAGGCAGCGUCUGUUUCGCGGGGAGUUCUUUAGCAAGCGCAGCCCUUCCCACAGGGGAGCCAGAGGGUUCUGGACCUAGCUCCUCAGAUAAUUCAAAACGUGGCCGUGUGAAUAUAAAUAUUACAUCACGUUCCUUACGCUCAUACUCUAGGAAUCACCCUUACCAAUUUGAGGCCUUGGACUACUACGCCCCACGCCGACUAGGUCUCAGGACUACCACCACCCUUUCCACUUCCUUUACCAAGUCAGAAGAACCAAAAGUGAACAGUGUUACCUUUGGUGGAGCUCAAGCCAAAGCGAACGAUCUGACCACCACAAGUGCUAGCAAAGACAAAAGCCUUACGCCAAGCGACCAAGCAGGGCCGAAGAAGGCGAAAGGGACGGUCUCUAAAACCCCAAUAAACAAAGCCCCUGUGCAAGCGGCACAAGCCAAGAGGAAAAGCAAUAAGAAACUUGCCAAGUCUGCUUCUACAAAGCAAUCUUCAUCAGGUUCCGCAUCACCGCCAAAGAGACGACAGAGUAGCAACCACAAAGCAACUAUCAAAGGGAAGGGAAAGGGCCGGUCAUCGACCGCUCGCUCCGAUUCUCUCCGUCAGAGGUCAACAGAAACCACCACGGGAACGUGUGCAAGUACAAGGAGCCGGCGCAGCUCGGGCAUGAGUAAGCGAGGGCCAGGGGGCUCUGGCCGACAGGAAGGCAGAACCGGAGGAAGGGAUGCUAACACUGACGCCAACCCAACCAAUGCUCCUACCGCAUCUGACGAAUCAGCACAGGGAGCCACUGCUGCAGGAUCCAGUACGGGGGCCUCGGCCUUAGCCGCCGGCAGCAAAGGCGACGCUGACGAGUCUGAAGUUACAAGACUACAAGCUCUCCUAGAGUCCCGAGGAGUGCCUCCCCAUCUCUUUAAUGCUCUUGGUCCUCGCAUGCACCAACUACUACAACGCAGCAUGGGAUCCGGAGCUAGUACCAAAGCUCACCAGCUAUUAUCAGGUCUGCAGGCCAUGGGGGAUGAAAGCCAACAACUCCAGGCCGUGAUUGAGAUGUGUCAGCUAUUAGUCAUGGGUAACGAGGAUACACUAGGGGGGUUCCCCGUCAAGCAGGUGGUACCCGCCCUCAUAAGCUUACUCUCGAUGGAACAUAACUUUGAUAUUAUGAACCAUGCGUGCCGUGCAUUGACGUACAUGAUGGAGGCUUUACCACGGUCAUCUUCGGUUGUCAUGGAUGCUAUACCAGUAUUCCUCGAGAAACUUCAAGUAAUCCAGUGUAUGGAUGUAGCUGAGCAGUCAUUAACCGCUCUUGAGAUGCUUUCAAGAAGGCAUAGCAAAGCCAUUCUCCAAGCAGGUGGACUCUGCGCAUGCCUCCUGUACAUUGAGUUCUUCUCCAUAACAGCCCAGCGAAAUGCCUUGGCUGUAGCAGCAAACUGUUGCCAGAGCAUGGGGCCUGAUGAGUUUCAUCUGGUGGCUAACUCGUUACCUCUGCUGUCCGGGAGGCUACAGCACCAGGAUAAGAAGUCAGUGGAGAGCUGUUGCCUGUGCUUUGCCCGUCUGGUAGAUAAUUAUCAGAAUGAUGAGAAACUUCUCUUGCUUAUAGCAGAACAUGGACUGCUUACCAAUCUGCAACAACUGUUGGUCGUUACACCCCCCAUCAUCAGCACGGGGACGUUCAUCAUGGUCAUUCGGAUGCUAUCACUCAUGUGUGCAAACUGCCCGAGCCUCGCUGUUCAGCUCCUUAAACAAAAUAUUGCAGAAACGAUAAGUUACCUUCUGAUUGGCGCUUCAGACUCUUCAAAUCUAGAUAUUGAGCUUGUAUCAAGAAGCCCCCAGGAAUUAUAUGAAAUAACCUCUCUCAUCAGUGAGCUGAUGCCAAGACUCCCCCGUGAUGGGUUGUUCUCUGUCGAUGCCUACCUCAAGAAGGUACCCAAUCUGAUUACUGAGGCUGCCCUCUGGCAGUGGAGAGACGAUAGGGGGAUGUGGCAUCCUUAUACACGCAUUGAUAACAGGAUCGUUGAGGCCGCCCACCAAGCAGGAGAAGAUGAAGUGACUCUAUCUACUUUGGGACGAACCUACACAAUAGAUUUCAAUGCGAUGCAGCAGAUUAAUGAAGAUACCGGUACUGCUAGACCGGUCCAGAGAAGACCUAAUCCUGCAGCCGGAACUGGCUCAUCUUCUGCUUCAUCAGUGACUGCUCCUAAGGAAGAUGCUAGAGUGGUGUUCAUGAAGGAGGACGGUGAGCAGUCAGCCGCAUUCAUCAAAUCACUCUUUGCCGUUCUAUAUGAAGUCUACAGCUCAUCGGCUGGACCUGCAGUCAGGCAUAAGUGUUUGAAGGCCUUACUAAGAAUGGUGUUCUUUGGAAAACCAGAUCUUCUGAAAGAUAUGCUGAAGAAUCAUGCUGUAUCCAGUCACAUAGCAGCGAUGCUAUCAUCACAAGAUCUCAAGGUUGUUGUAGGUGCCCUUCAGAUGUCUGAGAUACUGAUGCAGAAGCUCCCAGAUAUCUUCCACAUCUACUUCCGAAGAGAAGGUGUGAUGCAUCAAGUGAAGAACCUUGCCGAGGCUACCAUCACGGCUGACAGUUCCCCUCCAGUCAAAGACAAGUUCUCGGCCUCCAAGGUCACAGCUUCGGAUCCCUCCUCGUCAUCGUCGUCAUCCACCCCAGCAUCGUCUGCCUCCUCCGCAUCAUCGGCGUCGUCCUCUGCAUCAUCCACACAUACCCCGUCACCCAGGGAUACAAUCAAUAUCAAUGUGGGCUUGGAUUCUGAUGGUGUGCCUCAAGGACGUCUCAGCGAUGCCUUGAAGCUGAAGCGUGCCACGAAGCGAGGUCCUGGUCGAAAGAGUAACCGCUACGCUAGCAACGACGACACGCCAUCCCAUGGAGGUCACGGCCACCAUUAUGAUGCUAUCGAUACACCACCUGGUAGACUGAGCGCAGUAUCGGUGCCAAUGCCUCCUUCAUCAAGAGCUGUAGGGGGCAGCAGUGGGGGCAGGACAGGGGUCAGCAAGGGCAAAGGAUCCACAGGCAAGAUGGUCAGUGGCUCCACCUCCUCACGUUCUUCCUUCCUAGCCAGCCUCAACCUCUCCCGCUGGGGCAGGGGUGCGUCCAACUCCCCGUCCUCGACCAACACCACCCAAAGCAAUACGGCCAUGGGCAGCGACCACCACCACCACCACCAUCACCACCACCACCUGCACACCGCUGCGGGCCGGGAGAUGGGUCUGCAGAGGGGCGGAGCCGGGAUGGGGUACGGGUCGGAUAGGAUACUGGGACAUGGGAGUGAGACCCUGCUAGGGGUGCAGAAGGAUGCCAGCGGGUCGCAGAAGGAGAAGGUUCGAGCGUGGAUCAAGGAACAAGCCUCUCAAUUUAUUAGUCAGUACUUCAGCCAAACAGAUCACCAAGGGGAGUCACACCCGGCUCUCACGUUACUCAAUCAGCUCUGUACUAACGCAGACAAACUUACACUAAAGGAUGAUGAAGGAAGUGAAAUGCUUGAGAGCAUCGCUCACAUUCUCACCAAUUCUGAUAUAUCUGCCUUUGAGAUCCUCCACAGUGGUCUAGUGGUCAAGCUCUUAGAAUACAUGACCAACAAGAGUGACCACAAUCCCGUUUCAAGGGACCUGAGGCUGCAACGCUUUCUACAUAUAUUCCUGCAAUGUCCAGCUCCGGGCAGUCCUCCAUUCACAUCGCUGGAGAUCCCCGAGAAUCCGCCUUUCACAUCGCUCGUCUCCAAGAUCAACGGCUGCAUCAACCAUCUGGAGCAGUUCCCGGUCAAAGUUCACGACCUGCCCGGCGCCGGGGGGUCGUCCGGCGGAACCAGGGGGUCGCAAGCCCUCAAGUUCUUCAACACACACCAGCUGAAGUGCCAGCUGCAGAGACACCCCGACUGUGCCAACCUGAGACAGUGGAGGGGUGGACCGGUCAAGAUUGACCCUCUGGCCUUGGUGCAGGCCAUUGAGAGGUAUCUCAUGGUCAGGAACUAUGGACGGAUGAGACAGGAUGACGAGGAUAGUGACGAUGACGCAUCCGAUGAUGAGAUCGAUGAAUCGGUUGCAACGGCUUUCUCAAGCUCCAACACCAACAUCAAGCACAAGCUUCAGUUCUUGAUCGGAGAGCAAGUUCUUCCGUAUAACAUGACGGUCUACCAGGCAAUCAAGCAGUUUGGUAGCGCAGCCAGUGCAUCAGAGGAAGACAGAGAUACGGAUGAUGAGAGUAACCCGUUAGGACGGGCUGGUAUCUGGAUCAAAACGCAUACUAUAUGGUACCAUCCUGUCCCGGAGGCUGGCUCAAUAUCCACUCAAAAGUCGUCGUCAUCAAAUAGCAGUACAACUACCACCACAACCACCACUAGGAAAGGCAAGGGAGGAAGCUCUUCUAAAUCAUCUUCUAAAGGAAGAAAACAUGAUGAAUUAUGGAUGGAUGGUGUGUGUCCAGUAAUACAGAAAGAACUUGAUAAGUACCUACAUUGUAAUCUACCUGGUUCCGUCCCUAUCGAAGACCCUUCAUGUGCAGCUAUCACUCUUCUAAGAGUUCUCUAUGGUCUGAGUAGACAUUGGAAUAAUCUAUACCCGGGAGCUUUACCGCAGCAGGCGUUAGGUAGCAGUGAGUUUGUGAACAGCAAGCUAUCAGCGAAGGCUAACAGACAGUUACAGGAUCCCUUGGUGAUCAUGACUGGGAACCUACCGUCUUGGCUUAACGCGGUCGCACAGGCAUGCCCAUUCCUACUGCCGUUCGACACUCGUCAGCUUCUGUUCUACACCACGGCGUUUGAUCGCGAUAGAGCCAUGCAAAGACUGCAAGACAACAAUCCAGACAUGUCAACGUCCGAAAACAGCGAACGGGUCGCUCCUAGACUGGACAGGAGGAAAAGAAGCGUAUCGAGAGCAGAUUUGUUGCGACAAGCCGAGUCCGUCAUGGAGGACCUAGCAAACUCAAGAGCGGUCCUUGAAAUACAGUACGAGGAUGAGGUUGGUACUGGUCUAGGCCCCACCCUCGAGUUCUAUGCCUUGGUAUCGAGAGAGGUACAGCGAGCUGAUCUUGAUCUGUGGAGAGGAGAUUCUGUUCUUUUACCAGACCCUAAAGGCAAGCAAGCUGGAGUGAAGUACAUCCACUCGCCCCAUGGCCUCUUCCCGUCACCAAUAGGACGCAAUGCCAAGGCUUCAGCAGUAGCCAAGAUUAAGUCCAAGUUUACCUUCAUGGGACGAUUCAUUGCAAAGGCGCUUAUGGAUUCUAGAAUGAUUGACAUUCCACUCAGCCUGCCAUUCUACAAGUGGCUCUUGGGACAGGAGGCUACGUUGACCUCGGCCGACCUGCAGUACAUCGACCGUACCUUGGCCCGAUCCUUCCAGCAGCUUGAAGAGCUUGGCCAACAGAAACAGAGGCUGGUUGAUGACCCCUCCCAGACCGCUGCCAGUCUACAGCUAGCCCUAGAGUCACUGAGUAUAGACGGUAGCCCAGUGGAAGAGCUUGGACUAGACUUCACUCUACCCGGUUACCCCAAUAUAGAACUUAAGAAAGGAGGCAAGGAUAUCGAUGUCACCAUUCAUAAUCUGGAUGAGUACCUCAAGCUUGUUGUACGUUGGACCCUGAAUGAAGGCGUAUCGAGGCAGUUUGAGGCCCUUAAAGAUGGUUUCCAAUCGGUGUUUCCUCUCUCUCAUCUACAAAGCUUCUACGGUGAAGAGUUGGAUCAGCUUUUCUGUGGAAAUCGAAGUGAACCAUGGGACAUCAAGACCUUAAUAGAAUGCUGCAGGCCUGAUCAUGGCUAUACACACGAUAGUCGUGGCGUGAAGCUAUUAUUUGAGCUGAUGGCAUCGUAUACAGAUGGCCAACAGAGGGAGUUUCUUCAGUUCGUCACUGGCAGCCCCAAGCUCCCUGUAGGAGGUUUCAGGUCCUUGAAUCCUCCUCUCACAAUCGUCAGGAAGAUGUUCGAAGGCUCCGAGGACCCGGAUAAAUUCCUUCCCUCGGUGAUGACAUGUGUGAACUACCUAAAGCUACCCGACUAUAGCUCCAGAGAAGUCAUGGCAUCUAAGCUUUCUAUAGCCAUUCGAGAAGGACAACAGUCCUUCCAUUUAUCAUAACAAAGGCUCCUUGAGGGGAACGAGGGGUGACUGUCGUACCAAGAUGGAAGCUAGGUCUCUGUAAUUGGAGAGAACAAUUUCUUUGACUUAUCGCACCUAGAUGGACUCUAGGUCUUCUGUAAUCAUACAAGGAAUUCAAUGAGGUAAUGAUCUCUAUGAAGAUCGCACUAAGAUUGAUGCGCUUCUCUGUAGUCAUAUGAAGGAUUCAAUAAGGGAAUGACCUUCGACUAUCACACCAAGAUAGGUGCUAGGUCUUCUGUUACCGUAAAAAGGAUUCAAUAAGGGAAGGAUCAUUGUGACUAGCACACCGAGAUGACGCUGGGUCUUCUGUAAUUGGACAAAGGAUUUAAUAAGGAAAGGCUCUCUGCGACUAUCGCAUCAAGAUGACGCUAGGUUCUUCUGUAAUUGGACAAAGGAUUCAAUAAGGAAAGGCUCUCUGCGACUAUCACAUCAAGAUGACGCUAGGUUCUUCUGUAAUUGGACAAAGGAUUCAAUAAGGAAAGGCUCUCUGCGACUAUCGCAUCAAGAUGACGCUAGGUUCUUCUGUAAUUGGACAAAGGAUUCAAUAAGGGAAGGCUCUCUGCGACUAUCACAUCAAGAUGACGCUAGGUUCUUCUGUAAUUGGACAAAGGAUUCAAUAAGGAAAGGCUCUCUGCGACUAUCACAUCAAGAUGACGCUAGGUUCUUCUGUAAUUGGACAAAGGAUUCAAUAAGGGAAGGCUCUUUGUGACUAUCACACCGAGUUGACACUGGGACUUAAUCUGUAAUUGGACAAAGGAUUUAAUAAGGGAAGGAUAACACGUCUUUUGCACCAAGAUGGGUGUCAAGUCUUCUGUAAUCAUUCAAGGAGAACAAGCGAAGGAUCUCUGUGACUUGCACACUAAGACGGGUGCUGCAGUAGGUCUGCUGUUACAAUUCAAAGCGAAUAUUGUUCCUUUGUCCUGCAAAGGACCUAACAAUUGGAGGAUCUGCCGAACUAUCACCAAGGUGGCUCCUAGGCUUCUGAAAUCAAAGAUAACAUUCCUUCCAGUAACAGACCCUUUAAGAGGGCGUCUUCGACUAUCGCACGAAGAUUGCUGUCUAGCAUUCUGUAGUUAUUUUCCAGGACACUGUCCCACUCAUUACAAAGCUCCUGGUAGGAUCCAUGUGGAGCUACUUGACCUAAUGUGGAGCCAGGGAAAUAACAGCUGAGACGAGGAUCCAGCACCAGAGAAACCUCAUUAUUAAUGAGAAAAGAUAAAUAUCACCAACGAUUUUAAUUACCGGUAUUGACAUACAGAGCAAGCCAGAUGUAUGCUUUUCUCAGAAUAGAAACAUGUUCCCACAAACCAUAUAGAUAUCUGAACGUAACGUCGGAUUUAUUCCUCCAUUCAUUUCUUUGUAUGGUGUAUUCGUUCCAUGCAUCCCUUUAACAAAUGGGACAUGCCAUCAUUAAGUAGAUGUACAGUACAGUAUGUUACAAGAAUUGCCAGAGACUGGAUUUCUGCAUCCAUGCUAGAGCAGAGUUUAUAUUGGCUCAUAAUACAGGAAAUAUUACUUUCCUGAUGACCCUCAAGCUACUACUGUAUUAUCACAUGUAACAUUGCAAUCAACGCUCAUUGGAGUUAGUCUUCAGAAACUGAGAACUUAUUAUGAUGUUAUAGGAAUACUUGCUCUGACAUUUGUAGGUUGAUCUAUGUUUCUUUUUUCCCCCUUACUAUUUAAAGACACAUCUGGAUCCAGGGGAUAGUUUGUCAUUCCUAGAAUGCCUUAGCUGGGUAGUAAUGUGCAGCACUUAGAAACAUUUGGAUUAACCACUAUGUAAAUCGCAUAUGAUUAUUAUGAUUUCUGUUUUGCAUAUUAAGGUCUUAUUCAUUUAAAGCAAAAUAUGUAUAUUAUUACACCAAAGAUUCAAUUUGCAAUGUAACUCUCGCGCACUCAAACUAGUUCACAUUAUUUCUAUUAUCGUGUACGAAGCUUGGGUGCUUCAGUUUUUCAUGUAAAGUGGUAUAAGCCUCCAUUGUGUAUGAAACACUUCCAACAUUAGAAAAUUUGACUCCUAUUUUUAAGGCUUGACCAAGCCUGUAUGGAUAAUCAAACUGAAUUUACAGGUAAUUAUGCCCAAGUCCAAUCUCCUGGUACCACAGGGCCCCAUCUUACAAAGAGUUACGAUUGAUCCAAUCAAUCUCAACUCUAUGGAAAUCCAUUCAUACCAUAAUUUUUCUACAGGAAAUUUGGGCAAUUUCCUUUACAAACAAAGAGAAUCACACUGAAUCUUCAAGCGAAUGAUGAAUGUAUGAAUGCAUGUCAUAUCUAGAAAAUGUUUUGACAAAAUUUGCGUUUUAGAUGUUGACGUUGCUGGCCGGCCAUAGUUGUGGUUGAUCGGAUCAAUCGCAACUCUUUGUAAGUCUGGGACCUGUAACACAUUAGCUUAUUGAUUGAACAGUUGGUUUGUACAAUUGAUUGCAAAUAACGGUCGAUGUCAUCAAUCAUAAAUAUCAGACCUCGGAUCAAGUACUAAAAUAUCUGCAGGGCAAUAUUUUACUUUUUGAAUUUGAUUAGCAUUUCUGGUUGUAAGAGAAAAAGCUUUCAACUGUGUUCUGUACAGUCCUAUGUAAAAAAAAAAAAAAAAAUGCUGCCUAAAAGAAAUAUUGUGUAGCAGUCAUAAAAAAAUGAGCAAAUUGCGAAGUGAUGCCAGGAAAAUGAUUCCCUGAUGUAUGCUGGGGACGAAACCAUUUGACUGUAUUACCCACUCGUAACGUCCAUGCAGUUUAAGAUCAUUUGGAUCUGUAGGUUGCAGAGCUCAUUGAAGAUAAAGGCACAGAAUAUGAUUAUUGCCUAAAAGAAAUGUGUCAAAAAUAUAAAUGUGGAGCGAACUGCGAAAAUUAUUCCCUAACGCAUUAUGGGGCUCGGAAACCAUUUAGACUUCAUUCCUCACUCCUCAUAACGCCCAUGCAAGUUGAGAUUGUUUGUAAGAUAGGCUGCUGAGCCCUUUGAAGAUAACAGCAGCAAAAGAAAACCCAACUACCCUGUUUCACAAAACUUGUUAUCAACUGUAAGUUAGCAGUUACUGUUUUAAGCUCCUGAAAUACUGGAAUUUGAUUGGUCUGAAGCAAGUUUGUCUCAUACAUGUAUAUUUUAUAACAAAUAAAAUGACCAGGGUCGAGUUAACGCUGUUUCAUGUAGGUAUAAGAUUGUCCUGGGGCCCGUUUCAUAAAGGACUUUGCAACUGUUGUAACUUUGCCAUAAUGGCAACUACAUGUACCAUGGUAACAGGGCUCAGCAGCCAAUCAGAAUCAAGGUUUCCAUGGUAGUUGCCAUUAUGACAAAAGUUACAACAGUUGUAACUCUGUAUGAAAUGGGCCCCUGAUCCCUUGUGUUUGCAUAUUAAUGUUCUUUUCAAGAAAUUUGGUUAAUAUAAAGAUUGAAAGUGUUGAAGGAAAAACAAAAAGGGAUGAUUCCGUCUUACAGUUUAUGUAGUCACAGAGGAAAUUUGCAAUUCAUUCGCACUUCAAGAAAAUAAAAGCGUAUUGAUCUUUUGUAUUCACUUUCAAUGUCACAGACUUCAGUUCACACGUACACAUCAUAUGAGGUACUAGUAUUUUCCACUUUGCAAGUCAAAUAUUGUUUUUUAAGUUGAUCAUUAUAUUGUUUUGUGAAGAGUACUUCUCAGUGUCCUUGCUCAUUUUAUAGUUUAGAUAUUGGUCACAGAGAGAAAGACGUAUAACACAAUUGCUUUCAAAGAUUUAGGGAUUGUUUUAUUCAUUACAGAAAAGUAUAUGUAAGCCCAAAGCUUAGUGAAAAUGGUUUAGAGAUCUUUUGCUCAGUCUUGAGUUUGUUUUCAUCUCUGUACAAUGUCUUUGUUUUUAUUAUGUUCCCAAAAGAGUCGACUUAGGCAAAGUUACUUGUAUAUAUACAAAACACAAUAGAGAUCUGAUAAACAGGUCAGUAGUCCUGCCAAUGCAAGCCAACAUUUGUUCAAUACAAUAAUAGAACUGACAAAGUGUAUGGGAUAUAUACUUUUUUUUUACAAGAAUUUUUGGAUAUUAAGAUAACUGUUCAGCUAUACGGAUGUUUGAAUGUUUAAACUUUAAACAUAGUAUGGUUUUGUUCCAAACAACUAUAAAUGGUAGUUAACAAAUUUACGGGGAUCUAAUAUCCAAAGCGCAGACAAAACCAGGGAGGAUUGUCGAUUAUUAUACUGAAAUUUUAGAUAUUAUAGUGAGAAUAUUUGAGCAUUCAUCCUUGUAUAUGUUUCCUCAAUAUUUAUAUGAUCCAUAAUUAUCAAAAUGCGUAGACUAUACUGGAUGAACGGAGGAAAAAAUGGUAGAUUGAUAAAAAGAAAGAAUUACUAUGCCGUAAAUUUCUCAUGUCCAUUGCAUGGACGUAGAUAGACGACGUCAUACCAUUCAAAUAGGGGAACGGCUUUGCAACAAAAUUGAAGUCCAUGAUAAAUUGGUCACAUACAUGUACACAUGCAUGCCUUAUUUUAUGUUUUUCAUAUGCCAGCUCUCCCUCAUGAAUUUGAUGUAGAAAUCCCCCGAUGCUCAUCAGAUACAUGUAGUUGGAAUUAGAGAAUGAUACACGAUAUUCUGAAGACAAUGUGGGGCUAACAAACACUAUACAUGCAGCAUGCUAUAUACAAUAGACACUCUAUUUAUGUUUGAAAGAAAAUUAUCAUUCUAAUUUGAUUUAAGAAUGCUUGCAGUAUUUCUGUAGAACCAUUAACUUGUUCUUUUCUUGCAUAUUUACAUUUCGGUUCUAAAUCUCGUGUAUAAAUAUGAUGGAUGAAAAUAAUAUGAAAGAAAUAUUAACUAUUUCCCUUGAAGCAUAUGAGAAAUAGCAGUGUAAGAAAUUGUAUGAGAGAAAUACAUUAAUAAUGAUAUAUAUACAUUGAUGUACAUGUAAUGUGAUACAUACAUUGGUAUGUACACUGAUAUACAUGUAGAUAAAAAAAUCAUUAAUGUAUUAUAUUGAAAAUACUUUUUGAGAAUGAUUGAUGUACACUUUUCCUGUCACUAUGUAAUGUAAGGUGUAAAGUUUUGAUGCAAUGACGUAAAAAGAAGUAUGAUUUCCUCUUCUCCUUCUCUCUCUGUUAUUCAUGUGUGAUUGUGGGUGGACUUUAUUUUGGGUUCAUCUAAACCGAAAGUGUAAAUUACAUGAAAGAUUUAAUUUUCUUUUCUUUUUUGCUAGAUUUUUUCUUUCUUUUUCUUGGAUUUUUAUUAAUGAUUUCUGUAAUAUGUAAAGAUGCCGUGUAGUCUAAAAUAUGAGAAACAAAAUGCACUUCGAUGGGUUCAAUAAAAAAUGAAAAAUAUGACCAAGUUAAA